UACCCGAAAGCACCAUUCGAAGAGAAACAGGGGCACUGCACGAAUCAGGAAGACUCGCGAACGGGAAAGAGGGCUCUCCGUACCCUCCGAUCGUCGAUCCCUCCGACGCCUUCGUCUCCGUCUGUGGGUUCCUCUCUCUCUCUCCUGAAUCUUCUGUUGAAGGUUCUUCGCGAGAUCAUCUUCUUCCGUAGUUUCAAAGUCCUAUUUGAUUCGUGACAGCGAUUUCUCUGACUACCGAUUCCCUCGACUUCGCGUGGCGACGGUUUUCUUCGAUUGCCCGCGAGACGGGGAUUGUGGCUGGUCGGAGUGUGUUCCGAGCUCUGUUUUCGACGUUAUACAUAGGAGAAUUUAGUUUGGGGAGGAGGAGGCAUGUGAGGUAAGGAUGAGGAACGAGAUAGGGAAGCCGUUGAUCGUGUUGAUAUGCGGGAGCUUGGUGUACUACCACUGCGCCUACCGGCAUUCGAGUAUCCUCUCCCUCCUCUCCGACGUCCUCAUCGUGCUGCUCUGCUCUCUGGCCAUCCUCGGCCUCCUUUUCCGCCAGCUCAACAUCUCGGUACCAGUGGACCCGCUGGAGUGGCAGAUAUCGCAGGACACGGCCAACGGCAUCGUUGCCUGCCUCGCCAACACCGUCGGAGCCACUGAGUCUGUUCUUAGGGUUGCCGCCACUGGCCACGACAAGCGCUUGUUCGUUAAGGUGAUUGUUUGCCUUUACAUUCUGUCUGCUUUGGGGAGAUUACUCUCCGGCGUCACUGUUGCUUAUGUUGACAGGAUUAUGCUUGUUUUGUCUUUACUUGUUCGCCGAGAGCUCGCCAUCAGUCAGCACUUGCAUAGCCCGAUUCUUGAGGAGAAGUGGUGCUGCUGAGCAGGAUAACAUGUAGCCAUUAAAUCUUCUUGACCUGUAUCCAAUUCUUGUUGUACCCACGUCUUGGAGCCUUAGAUUGUGACUGUACAUAUGAGACUGUUCUUCACCCCUAUUUUGGGGUGAGUGAAUACUGUUGUCGGCUAUACGCAUGAAACUUUUACGCGCAAUUUUAUGUUUGGCCAUGAGCGCAACCGAUCGAUGUAUUUUGAAGAGAUGUUGUGA